AUGGCUGGACGAGGAGGGGUUGUUGACAAAGUUUGGGAUGGCUAUGUGCCCCCAGAAUGUUACCGGAAUCCGACGAUCCUCCGGCUGAACGGAAACUCAAUAUGGGAAGUAGCUCAAGAGCCUAUUCAUGAGGACAUUGACUUGAACAAGACAUGUGGGAUAGGACCAACCAUGGUGUUUGCCAAAGUUGUCUCGGAGAAAGACCCCGAAUUCGGGAACGACAUGAUUAAAAGGGCUGCAAUGGCAGUGCGAGGUAGUGGAACAAUUCGAGCAAUUCUUUGGUAUCAAGGGGAAAGAGAUACGUUAACUUUGGAAGAAGCAAAAUCUUAUAAAAGCAAAUUGAAGAAACUUUUUCAGGACUUGCGUGAUGAUUUAAACUCUUCAUUGCUUCCUAUUAUUCAGGUAGCCCUAGCUUCUGGACAAGGACCUUUUAUUGAAGGGGUGAGAGAAGGCCAGCUUGGAAUUAACCCUGCCGAUGUAAUAACUGUGGAUUGUUUGGGCCUACCUUUGGAACCAGAUGGGCUACACCUUGGUACUCUAGCCCAAGUCCAACUUGGAUAUAAGUUGGCUGAUGCAUUCGUAAAAGCCCGUUAUACAUUCAAAGCAACGCAAUAG